AUGGAGGCAGGGAAAGACUCAAACGGAGCUGUGAAGGCAGCCGCGGAGGAAGGCCCCGAGGGGUCGAAAAAAACGCGCCGAACGCGAUGGGGGGAGAUGACCUCGCAGCAGCCGGUCUCCGCGGCGCCGGCGGCCGCGCCGGUUCCGCCGUCGCCUGUCUCUUCGCUGCCUUCUCUCUCAGCGUCGCUGCAGGCGGCGGCGAGCGCGGCGCGGCAGGCGCUUGAGAAGGCGAAGCGCGCGGCGCUGAUCCAGAAGCAGAUUCAGGAGCAGCUUAAGGGGACGACCCUCGCGCCCAGCAGUCGCCCGCAGGGCCCAGCCGCGACCGCGGUCGAACUCACGGGCGAGAAAAAGGGCCCUGGGGCAGGCGGAGUCUCCGCGAUGUCGGCGAUCGCGGUCGCACAGGCGACGGCGCUUGCGGCGGCCGCCAAGGCGAAGCGCGACCAGCUCCUCGAGGGCGACAAGAACGCGGCAGCGCAGCCGCUGACGCUGCGGGCGAUUCUCGGCGCGGCGGAGAGCGAGAAGGCGCCGAGCGCCGCGGCGGGCGCGGCGCUGGCGGUCGACCGGCCCGAAGGGGGUCUUGGGGGGGGGGAGAUGCUGGCGGGCGUGGACGCGUCUGAGCGGCAGCGGCAGCUGUUCCUCAUGCUGCAUGAUCAAGAGAUGAAGAAGAAGCAGGAGGCGGAGGAAGCCGAGCGCCUGAAGCAGGAGAAGCUCGCGGCGGUCCUGAAGGCGCGGCCGCGGCCGCUGCGCAUCGACCAGUUCGGCAGAGAAGUUGACGAGGAGGGAAAAGUCAUUCCCAUCCAAAAACGGAUCAUCCACAGCGACCUGAAAAUCAACCGCAGGGCGCAGACUGAAGCCAAGAAAGAGGAGUUGGCGAAGGCCGCGGGUGCACCAGGCGCGCAACACGCUGCGGUCGUGGACCUCCAAGAUCAGCCCUGGUUCGAUCCUUCCAUUCCUGUCAAAACUGCGCGAACCAAACGGAAGCGCAAGGCGUUCGAGUUCGUGGAGCAGGGCCGCUACGUCCAGCAGGAGCAGCAGAUGCUUCAGCAUCAACAAUUUCUUGAGAAGAAGGCGCAGCAUCGUUCGCGGGAAAGGGGGCAGGGCGCGGAUUCGCAGCCGCCCGAAGAGGGAGCUUCACGAGGCUCCGCAGACUCGCCAGCUGAGCAAGUCAUCAAAGAAGAAAUCGACGCGAAGGAAGACGAGGAGCCGCAUGCGCCCGACUUUUUGGCGAAGGCCUGGACGUCGCAGGUUCCGAGCGUGGAGCCGUGGGAUGCCGCGAUUCUGAAAGUCGACCCUAGCCAGCCGGAGGCGAUCAUCCCUCAAGACGACGCCCUCAAUGUGCUCGUUGAGCACCCCGUGCCUGUCAAGCCGGCGAUCGAUACCGCGACGAAUGUCAUCAUCAACAUGUAUCUCACAAAGCAAGAAUGGAAGAAGCUGCGGCGACGGAAGCGUCAGGAGAAAGAGAGAGAGAAACAGGACAAGAUUCGAAUGGGGCUGUUGCCCCCGCCGCCUCCUAAGGUCAAGCUGACAAACUUGAUGCGAGUUUUGGGCGACCAGGCCGUCGCGGAUCCCUCGAAAGUCGAAAAGGAGGUUCGCCAGCAGAUGGAGAAGCGCCUGAAGGAUCACGAGGCUCGCAAUCAAGCCCGCAAGCUCGCCCCGGAGGCUCGCAGCAAGAAGCAUGCAGCCAAGUGGCAGAAAAAACCAAACAGCGGCGAGUUCCAAGUUCUUCUCUUCUGCCUCAAAGACCUCACCAACAAACGACAUCUCUACAAGGUCGACGUAAAUGCCCAACAGCUGCACCUCGCGGGUGUCGCCGUCAUUUGUCCCAGCUCUCUCAGGACGAUUGUGCUCGUUGAAGGUUCGCUUCGGUCGAUCAAACGCUUCCGAGCCCUGAUGAUGCGUCGCAUCAAGUGGCGCGAGCUGGAAGGCAGCUCCGCCGUCAACGACGACGAUGACGACGACGACGAGGAUAAACCGGAGGUCAACGACGACAGCUGCUGUCUGGUGUGGCAGGGCGCAGUUCGCACAAACAGCUUCUCGGGAUGGAAGGUGCAUCGCGUCGCAGGCGAGGCCGACGGGCGAAAAAUCUUCAAGUCCGCACACGUCGAGCACUACUGGGAUAUGGCUCAGAAGUUCCGGCGCGUGAACGAGGACAUGUAA